GUAAUCGUGUAGCAAAUCAUAAUAAAGAUGAACCAUUAGACUUAAAAUCACCCUGGGAAAAAGGUGAAGUUCGUUGUUUGGAUGUUCUAACACCUACACCAGGUAUAAUCCUCAAUCCCAACGAUCGUGCAUGGAUUCGUUGGCAGAAAACUAAAUCUUGUAAUCCUUUAACUCCGCUUUCAAACUUUGAAAUAAAAUUACACGACUUACCAAGUGUUAAAGGUAGCUUUAAUGACUCUAAUGGUGUGGAAGCUAUGGUAUUCGGUCUUACCGGUCCAAUUACCAUUACUAGAAAAGCGACGACUGCUCCUAAAACCUAUUUUUCUCCAAUUGGUAUGAAAAAAGGACAACAAACGUCAAACUGUGAUUCAGUUAUAUCAGAUUUGUUUAUGUCAAGAAAUA